AUGUUUACUAUACGACAUCUCUUUCUCCGACUCAACGAUCGCAAGCAACGGGACCUAAAAAAGCGAUGGCAGUUGAGAAACAGUUACUUGUGUGGGAGGACGGACCUUUCUAGGAGCGAGAAACGGGGGAAGUCGUCUGUCACUAAGAAGAUGCUCAUCGAUCUAGCGGGCUGUCUACAGCUUAAUGCGUUCCCCUUCCCUACCCUGCCACCUAGGCCCGCAUUGCUAGCAGGAUCCUAA